UCUUCGGCCGGGCUCGGCCGCGGCCCCGGAAGGGCGCGCAUGGAGCCCGGACUGCCGGCUCGGCCGACAGCUAUGGCGCCACUGCUGGAGUAUGAGCGGCAGCUGGUGCUGGAACUGCUGGACGCGGACGGGCUGGUAGUGUGCGCCCGCGGGCUCGGCGCGGACCGGCUCCUGUACCACUUCCUCCGGCUGCAUUGCCACCCGGCCUGCCUGGUGCUGGUGCUCAACACUCAGCCGGCGGAGGAGGAGUACUUCAUCAAUCAGCUGAAGAUUGAAGGCGUCGAGCACCUCCCUCGCCGCGUAACAAAUGAAAUCACCAGUAACAGUCGCUAUGAGGUCUACACACAAGGAGGGGUCAUAUUUGCAACAAGUCGAAUACUUGUGGUCGACUUCUUGACCGAUAGAAUACCUUCAGAUUUAAUUACCGGUAUCUUGGUGUACAGAGCUCACAGGAUAAUUGAGUCUUGUCAAGAAGCAUUCAUCUUGCGCCUGUUCCGCCAGAAAAACAAGCGUGGCUUUAUCAAGGCCUUCACAGACAACGCUGUCGCCUUCGAUACUGGUUUUUGCCACGUGGAAAGAGUGAUGAGGAAUCUCUUCGUAGGGAAGCUCUACCUGUGGCCAAGGUUCCACGUAGCAGUAAACUCGUUUUUAGAACAGCACAAACCUGAAGUUGUAGAAAUUCACGUUUCCAUGACGCCCGCCAUGCUCGCCAUUCAGACUGCCAUACUGGACAUUUUAAACGCGUGUCUGAAGGAACUCAAAUGCCAUAACCCGUCCCUUGAAGUGGAAGAUUUGUCUCUAGAAAAUGCUAUCGGAAAACCCUUUGACAAGACAAUACGCCAUUAUCUGGAUCCUUUGUGGCACCAGCUUGGAGCCAAGACUAAGUCCCUGGUUCAGGACUUGAAGAUAUUACGAACUUUGCUGCAGUAUCUCUCUCAGUAUGAUUGUAUCACGUUCCUUAACCUUCUGGAAUCUCUGAGAGCCACAGAGAAGGCUUUUGGUCAGAAUUCAGGUUGGCUGUUUCUUGACUCCAGCACCUCAAUGUUUGUAAAUGCCCGAGCAAGGGUUUACCAUCUUCCAGAUGCCAAAAUGAACAAAAAAGGCAAAAUGUCUGAAAAAACAGAGAUUAAAGAAGAACAAGAAACAAAAAAGGAACUGGUCCUAGAAAGCAACCCCAAGUGGGAAGCAUUAACCGAAGUACUGAAAGAAAUUGAGGCAGAGAAUAAGGAGAGCGAAGCCCUUGGUGGUCCAGGUCAAGUACUCAUUUGUGCAAGCGACGACCGCACGUGUUCCCAGCUGAGAGAGUACAUCACUAUCGGAGCAGAGGCCUUCUUGCUGAGGCUGUACAGGAAAACCUUCGAGAAGGAUAGCAAAGCCGAAGAAGUGUGGAUGAAAUUUCGACGUGAGGACAGCCCAAAGAGAAUGGCAAAAUCGAACAAAAGGCCUAAAGACCCCCAAAACAAACAGAGGGCUGCCACCAAAGAAAGGACUCUCAAAAAGAAAAAGCGAAGAUUAACCUUAACUCAGAUGAUGGGAAAGUCUGACGAACCGGAAGAGGAAGGGGAUGUCAAGGAAGGCGGGCCUAGGGACACAGGCAGUAGCCCAGAGAGCUCCUUAGAAGAAAUUAAGCACGAGGAAUUUGACUUGAACUUGUCCUCUGACGCCGCAUAUGGACUCCUGAAAGACCCGCUCACCAUCCUGCAUCCGCUCCUGGGCUGUAGUGACCCCUACGCUCUGACAAGGGUGCUCCAUGAAGUGGAGCCAAGAUACGUGGUUCUGUACGACGCCGAGCUCACGUUCGUUCGCCAGCUCGAGAUUUACAGGGCGAGCAGGCCUGGGAAGCCUCUGAGGGUCUACUUUCUGAUAUAUGGAGGUUCAACCGAGGAACAGCGCUAUCUCACUGCCUUGCGGAAAGAAAAAGAAGCUUUUGAGAAACUCAUAAGGGAGAAGGCCAGCAUGGUGGUCCCUGAAGGGAGGGAAGGGAGGGACGAAGCAAAUCUGGACCUGGUAAGAGGCCCCGCGGCUGCAGGCGCUGCCGUGGACACCCGUAAAGCAGGUGGCCAGGAACAGAACAGGAUGCAGCAAACCAUAGUCGUGGACGUGCGGGAGUUCCGCAGUGAGCUCCCCUCCCUGAUCCACCGUCGGGGCAUCGACAUUGAACCCGUGACGCUGGAGGUCGGAGACUACAUUCUGACCCCGGAGAUGUGUGUCGAGCGCAAGAGCAUCAGCGACCUGAUUGGCUCGUUAAACAACGGCCGCCUGUACGGCCAGUGCAUCUCCAUGGCCCGCUACUACAAGCGCCCCGUGCUGCUGAUUGAGUUUGACCCCGGGAAGCCCUUCUCCCUCACCUCCCGAGGCGCCCUCCAUCAGGAGAUCUCCAGCAACGACAUCAGCUCCAAACUCACCCUCCUCACGCUCCACUUCCCCAGACUCCGGAUUCUCUGGUGCCCCUCGCCUCACGCCACCGCCGAGCUGUUCGAGGAGCUGAAACAGAACAAGCCACAGCCCGAUGCGGCCACAGCCGUGGCCGUCACUGCGGAUUCGGAGGCGCUCCCUGAAUCGGAAAAGUAUAACCCCGGUCCCCAGGACUUCUUAUUAAAAAUGCCAGGGGUGAACGCCAAAAACUGUCGCACCUUGAUGCAGCACGUGAAGAACAUCGCGGAACUGGCCAGCCUGUCGCAGGACAAGCUGGCGGGCAUUCUGGGCAAUGCGAGCAACGCCAAGCAGCUCUAUGACUUCAUUCAUACCUCUUACGCAGAGGUCGUGUCCAAGGGAAAAAUGAGAAAGUGAACAGUGACGGCUGUCUUCUUGUCACGUGACUGUGCUUUUCAGCCACUCUCUGCCGGUAUUCCUAGGCCCUGAUUAAUUAUUAGCUCAGAAUUUCCCUGUCUUCCAGCACUUAAUGGUUGUGCCCUCUGCUUCCUGGCUCUGCGGACCAGAACCCAAGACUCCUCUUGGAACCCCAGGCCAGAGUCCGCAUGCUCCGCUCUUCAUUGAGGUGGGUCUGGAGCAGGGGAGGUGUCUACAGGUGCUUCUAGAAGGCCAUUCUUGAAACAGGCAGCAAUUUAUGUUUCUGACACAAACCAAAAGAACAUACAGUCAUGUUCUUGCCCUCUUCAGAGACACCCCAGAACCCAGAGAAAGAAACCCUUCUGCCAUCCCUCCCCACUUCUCUCCACAUUGUCCUCAAACAUAUUCUUCCAGCUUUCUGCCUCUAAGAGAGAUUCCUGGGGACUUUCUACUGUGGGUGUAGAAAUCUCGCUGGUGCAUUUCCUAAUCCACCGAAUGUAUGCAACAUGUACAAAGCCAGUAGUUUUUAGGCAUGAAUUCUCUCUUUCCAGAAAUUGAUGGUACAAGGAAAAGAGUCCUUGGAAUGCUCAUUUUUUCAAAUAUUUAACCUCCUAACUCUGUGAUCUCUAAGCCUGAAUGGCCAAUUAGAGUCUCUUAAGACUUCCUGGUUCCUGGGCCUCUUCCAACACCCUGAGACCACCAGCGCCAGAGCUUCUCCCCAAGCAGUGUAAGCUCACCCUCCACUCCCCCCUUCUCUGUCCCUGUGCCGAGCACAUCCUUGUGUCUGUGUGAGGACUUUGACACAAGCAAAUUGAGUGGCCCACCAAGUCUUUAAGAUUUGGUUUUCCUUCCUGGGGUCGAGAUAAAGGACUUAAAAAGUAAAUGGAAGAUCAAUGCAUAGACUAUCUUAAGAAAUACACACCUACUUAAAAACUCACAAAACCAUCUCCUCCUUCUCAAACCUUCUGACUGGGUUAAGUUAGCUUUCUACUGAAGUGUACAUAUGGGGACAUUCAUAGCAUCUUUGUGCCGUUUUUAAGCUUUUAUAUUUCACCAUUAUUAACUUAGCUCUUAUUCUCCUAUCUAGUAAUGAGUAGUGAAUUUUCUACCUCAAGAGCUGAUGCAGAUAUAGACAUCGGUGCCUUUAGCCGUACUGCACAGUUCCACAUUUCCUCCAUGUCGCCCGUGUUUUUGUUCCUCACAGUGUUUGCACUCAGAGUAGUCACUGGACCAUGUAACACAAAAUGGUCUUCACCUUCACAGAAGUUCUUUCAACCGACCUCUCCAAGCUGAACCGCUCAUGUCGACUUCUUGCUCUCCUGGUAUGUUAACCUACAUUAAUACUGCUGAAGUUGAUGUGGAUUUCAAACUCGAUACAGGGUACCACAAGAAUGAAUUGAGGGGUAUCAGGGAACCAUAUUGUUCUAUGAAAUUCUGUACAGUGAUCUGAGGAACAUAGAAGAGCACAGGAAACAAAAGUUAAAGGUAGAAUAAAGGAUCAGGCUUCUAAAUGUUUCCAAGGGCUAAAUAGCUACCCCGGAGACUAGAAAACAAGAUGUCAGGUACAGAUGUUAAUUUUCACUUCUGUACACGUGUAUUUAAGAGUCCAGUCCGAGUGAAAAGUACAUUAACAUCGAUACAGCCCCUCAAAAGGAGAUGGUUAUUACAAUUUUUCUUUACCCUCGUCUAGCACUUCUGCUUGUGUUGUGUAGUUCCUGGUUUUUCUUGUAGAAUUCCACCUGGCUUAUAUUGUUCUUUCACUAUGUAAAAGGCAGAUGGAACAUAGCACAUCUUUUGAUAUGGGUCUCACUCCAGUUUAAACUUUCAGAAAUAAGCUCUGUUCUUAAAGCCACCAUAAAUAGCCCUUGUCGUCUCGUACAACAUGGAGAACACUCUUGGUUGUAUUUAGAGGGCCGGUGUCUCUGGCUCUUGGAUUCUGUUAUUUGCUGUUGUAUGUACUAGGCAUUUGAAGAUGUGCACUGUCUCGUGUGUACUUGAAUUAUGAAUGGUAGUUUCUAAUGAACUCGAAAAUGCUCAUUAUAGAUGCAAGGCUCUCACUACCACUUCCCCUUCCAAGUAAAUAAAUAUAUUUUAAUGCAUCUGUAGUUGUGGAAAACCUUCAAUACAAAUUUCGUGUAUUGACUUUUGCCACAUCCUUUUACAAAUUUUUAUAAUCUAAGAAUCUUUGGCAAAGGAACUAAUGCAUGAAUUUGCAGAAUUAAUGUAUCACUUUAUUGUCGAGCAUCAUAUUGUUACCUUUGCCUUUUUUCUUUCAGAAUAGUAAAUAUACCAGUUACUUAUGAACUCUCGUGCUUAGCUUUUUUUAAAAAACCUGAGUUCAGCAUUUUUUUAUUUUACAAGCUUUUUGCUGAUUUGUAAAAAUCAGAGUGUAUGAAAGAUAAAAGAAAUCAUUUCCAACUUUGUUUAAAUCAUAGUGCCUCUUGAUAUUCUUUAAAAAUUAUACAGCAAGAAAUCAUUUUAUAUAGUAAUAGUGGCCAUAAAUAAUGUCCUUUUGUCAAGAAGUUGCCACUUUUUUCAGUUUGGGGCUCAGGAGACCAUAUGUCUCUGUGCAUUUGAGUACAUCCUGAAUGCAGUUUCCCAGCCUAAUGGGACUGAAAAUAAUUGUCCAUUCAUCAACCCACUGGCACACAGAGGGUUAAGUCUAGAUUUGGUUGUGUUGAGAUAACAGAAUCUAGAAUGAAUGAGUGGCCUUCAGCAGGAAAGUUACACUGAAGCAAAUCUGAAGACGUGGGCGGGGGAGAGAGGCAGACAUCAUUAGUCUUUGCUUUUGUUUUCAAGCGUAAUUCGAUUUUCCUUUGGCUCAAAAAACUUCUUUAGGGAAAUUCUCUUGUCUUUUGUGUUCAGUUUAGCCUAGAAACGUCCUCUUAAAAACCAACAGUUUAGGAAAGUUCUUUUCUCAGUCUCGAAUACAUUAAAACGCAUCCAGACUUCAACGUGCGUUGUCAUUUUUCUUCAUAAUUUUGCUUUCUGUUUUGGUUUAUGGCUACAUCCUGUCCAAUUCCGAACCCCAGUACUUCACUGUCUUUAUCCACAGGUUUUUGGUAAGCCACCCUACUGCUGUUUUUUAAUUUAAGGGCAUGUAAGCCAAAAAUUUGGAUGGGAGGGAAACAUAACUGAUUUAUAUCAAUUUGUAACAAGAAUUGUAUGUGAGUGUGUUUUUAAUAAAAUCUGUAUUCAGUAUUUUCCUCAGCAUUUUAUGGGCAAAGGAAAAAUAACCAUAUAUAGCGAAAGGACCUGUAUUCCCAGGGCGUCAUAUUUCCAACACAUUGGCAAAUAUAAUUUGAAGAGAGUAUUUCAUGUGUCUUUUUGUCAAUUUGAAGAGAGUAUUUCAUGUGUUUUUUUUUGUUGUACAGAAGAAAUGAUGAAAGCCAAGCCACUCUUCCAACCCCCUGCUUUAGCAUUUGACGUGUGUGAUAAACCCACUUUCUAGGGCCUUAGCAUGAUUUUCUUUGGUUUAUUUUUCCCUUACUGCUUUUUAUUUUGUACAUGUGUCCUUAAGGAGAGGGAGAAAAAAGACUAUUCUCCUUCUGAAAACACUGAUUUGUUGACCUGUAAUGAAUGUGUGGCAAGCACAAUGCUUGGAACAUUUUAACUCAACAGAGAUUAAUUUCCUGCUGCCCCUGACUCAUACCAUUUUUUGCUUUUUUUGUUUUGUUUUGUUUUGUUUUGUUCUUUGGUUCCUUCCACGUCAAAGUUGAAAGUAAAUUAUCCUUUUGACACAUCUAGAAUUCGCUGUAAUCUCUUAGGUUUAAUUAUUAUUUGAUUAGUUUACUAAUUGGCUCGCUUUGAUUUAGGUAUUUUGGUUUCUGCUUGAAAACGUAGAACGAAUCCCUUUUUAACAAGGCAUAAGUCAGGUUAUUUCUCAAAAUGUUUUAAUGUCAGAGUAAAGGCUCUGGUAGAAUAAUUAACCCUUUCUUAGGAGUCCUGAUAUAGCACAUUUACUGAGCUCUCCUGCCUCAUCUCCGUUAAUUUGCAUGACUAUUACGUAAAAGCUUCUCUUGCUGUGGUGGAACUGAGUGACAGGUUAAGUCAUUUGCCCAGGGUCACCCAGUAGUAGACAAUAGAACCAUGAUUUGAACCCAAGCAGUCUGACUCCAGCACCCAUGAUGACACACUAGUGACCGGUGGUGGGGGAAGAGGGGUUUGUGUCUACUUUCAAAUACCUAAUGACAGAUGUGUCACAGAAAAGGCAAAUUGGCUUGUUUUCACACCUUUCUUAAAUGUCAAAAGCAAGCAUGCGAAAUUUGGAACCUGGUCAAAGAAAAUACCGAGUACCCUGGAUACAGUAUCCAGCUAUAUACAGCUGGCUAUUGUCAGGGUGCCUGGCUGGCUCAGUGAGUACAGCUUGGGACUCUCAAUCUCGGGGUCAUGAGUUCAAGCCCCACACUGGGUGCAGAGAUUACUUAUAAAAUAAAAAAGAGCUGGAUGUCCCCUCGUAGCAUACACUACCUGGGGAGUCAUCUAAUUUCCAGGGCUCCUGAUCUCUUACUGUUUCGCAACUUUUUGAGAAUAAAGGUUAACUUGUAGAAACCCCAACAGCAAUACAACUGAUUCUUGUUCAGUAGCGUUGCAAGGUAUUGCCUAGCAGGACACGAAACACUUCUGCAUUUAUUUGCAAAAAUAUUUCUGCAUUCAUUUGAACAGCUACAAAUAUCUGGGUUUUCAUUUUCUUUUAUUUUUAUUUAUUUAUGUAUUUGACAGACAGAGAUCACAAGUAGGCAGAGAGGCAGGCAGAGAGAGAAAGGAGGAAGCAGGCUCUCCGCUGAGCAGAGAGCUCGAUAUGGGGCUCGAUCCCAGGACCCUGGGAUCAUGACCUGAGCCGAAGGCAGAGUCUUUAACCCACUGAUCCACCCAGGCGCCCCAGUCUUUCAUUUUCUUUUAAAAUCAGCCCUAACAGCUUAUUGGUUUCCUCAUUAACUGAAUCUAAUAAAAUCUUUGACUUCUGUU